UAUAACGGUACGUUUUUCAAUUCUGUCUAAACAUAUAAAACGUGAAAUUUAUUUGAAUCUUUGACCAGUUUUUUUUCUGAAUUAGAAAUGAAUUUUGCAAGCUGUAUUAUAUUCCUGACAUUCUUAGCAAGUGUUUUCUCUAACGACACAUUUCCCGAUAACUUUGUCUUUGGAGCUGGUUCUUCAGCCUAUCAGGUUGAAGGUGCUUGGGAUGAAGAUGGCAAAGGUCCAAGCUGGUGGGAUGUUUUUGCCCAUGAAUACCUCAACGAAACAGGAGACGUUGCUUGCGACUCGUAUCACAAAUACAAAGAGGACGUAGCUAUCUUGAAGGACCUUGGACUCAAAUUUUACAGAUUUUCAAUUUCCUGGCCUAGGAUCCUCCCAGAUGGUACUCCCGUAUCUAUCAACGAGGCUGGCGUAAACUACUAUCUAAAUUUGCUCAAAGCACUCAAGGAAGCUGGCAUUGAACCACUGGUCACAUUGUACCAUUGGGAUCUCCCAGAACAUUUGGGCCUUUUUGGUGGAUGGUUGAACCCGAGGAUAGCAGAGUAUUUUGGAGAUUUUGCCAGAAUAUGUUUCGAAAAAUUUGGAAAAUACGUGAAAUACUGGAUAACACUAAAUGAACCGUUUACUACCUGUGCAAAUGGCUACGAAUAUGGUAUUCAUGCACCAGGUUUGACACUAACUGGCGAAGGAAUUUACCAAUGUUUUUAUGUGCAUCUCCUGGCUCACGCCAAGGCUUACCACAUAUACAACGAUGAAUUCAGAGGUGUCCAAAAAGGAAAAAUAUCAUUGGAUCAUGCCUGUGCUUGGUUUUAUCCCAAUUCCAACAGUACCGAAGACGAGGAGGCCAAACAAAGACUUUUGGACAUCGAUUGUAACUCUUUUCUUCAUCCCCUGUAUAAGGGCGAUUGGCCAGCAGGUUUAAAAAAACGCAUAGCCUACCGAAGCCAUCUAGAGGGCUACAAUUUUUCAAGAUUACCCUCUUUUACGAGACAAGAAAUAAAUUACAUCAAAGGAACCUACGAUUAUUUGGCCCUAAAUGUGUACACUAAUAGGGUGGUUGCCAACAGGGCAGAACCGGAUCCAGGCACCCCGUCUCUUAGUUCAGACUCAAGAGUAGUCCUUUCUACAAGAUCUUCUUGGGCCUUGAGUUCCGCAUCAUGGUUGACAUCUGAUCCACCAGGUGUCAGACAUCUCCUGAAAUACAUAAAAGACACCUACAACCCCUCUGAUAUAAUUAUUGCUGAAAAUGGUUGGGCUGAAGAGGGUUUAGAUGACCAAGGCAGAAUAUCCUAUAUUAAAGGUUAUUUGACAAAUAUUCUGGAUUCUAUUGUCAAAGAUGGUGUAGAUGUCACUGGAUACGUCAUAUGGAGCUUAUUGGAUAACUUUGAGUGGACUGACGGCUACGAGAUCAAAUUUGGACUUGUAGAUGUGGAUUUUAACGACCCAAACAGAACAAGAACAUAUAAGGAUUCAGCUUACUGGUACAAGAGACUGGCUGCUGCCCGAAAAAUCGUGGAUUUUUUCCAAAUAGAAGGCGGAUGGGAUGAAGAUGGCAAAGGACACAGCAUGUGGGACACUUUUGCCCAUACACCUGGUAAGAUCAAAAAUAACGAUACUGGAGAUGUUGCCUGUGAUUCCUAUCACAAAUACAAGGAGGAUGUUGCCAUUCUCAAGGAACUGGGUUUCAAAGUAUACAGAUGCUUAGCCGUCAAAGAGUUUCCCGAGGAUUUCCUUUUUGGUGCUGCCGGAGCCUCCUACCAAAUAGAAGGCGGAUGGGAUGAAGAUGGCAAAGGACCCAGCAUGUGGGACACUUUUGCCCAUACACCUGGUAAGAUCAAAAAUAACGAUACUGGAGAUGUUGCCUGUGAUUCCUAUCACAAAUACAAGGAGGAUGUUGCCAUUCUCAAGGAACUGGGUUUCAAAGUAUACAGGUUCUCGAUUUCUUGGCCUAGAAUUCUUCCUGAUGGCACUCCAACCAAAAUUAACCAAGCUGGAAUAGAUUAUUACUUAAAUUUGAUCAAAGAACUGAAAGCAGCGGGUAUCGAACCCUUGAUCACAUUGUACCACUGGGACUUGCCCCAAUAUCUUCUGGAGUUAGGCGGUUGGCUCAAUCCAAGACUGGCAGACUAUUUUGGCGAUUUUGCCAGGAUUUGCUACGAGAAUUUCGGAGAGUACGUCAAGUAUUGGAUCACUUUGAACGAGCCGGGAACCACUUGUACCCAGGGCUAUGAAUAUGGUACUCAUGCCCCAGGUUUGAAACUGCCAGGUGAAGGAGUUCACCAGUGCACUUACGUGAGUCUUCUGGCUCAUGCCAAGGCUUACAGAAUCUACGAGAAGGAGUUCAAAGAAAAACAAGGUGGUAAAGUCACUUUGAACGUCGCUUGCUCAUGGUACUAUACCGCUACAGAUAGCGACCUAGACAAGGAAGCACAGCAAAGAAUUUUGGACUUCUAUUGUGGUGUCUAUGCUCAGCCUAUUUUCAAAGGCAAUUGGCCUCAGAUCAUGAUUGACAGGAUUGCCAACCGUAGCAAACUUGAGGGAUAUUCCUUCUCUAGAUUGCCAGAAUUCACUCAGGAAGAAAUUGAUUAUAUCAACGGCACUGCCGACUUCUUGUCUCUGAACAUGUAUACAAGUAGCAUUGUAAAUUAUCUGGAUGAUCAACCUAUAGGCACGCCUUCUAUUUGGAACGAUUUAGGUGUAGCAGGCACUGUCAACUCUUCAUGGCCUACUAGCGCCUCCAGUUGGCUGUUUUCUGAUCCACCCGGUAUCAGAUACCUUCUGAAUUACCUCAGCAAGACGUACAAUCCACCAGCAAUCUUCAUAACUGAAAAUGGUUGGUCGGAUUUGGGAGAUCUGGAUGACCAAGGCAGAUUGGCUUAUUGGAAAGGAUAUUUGACCAAUAUUUUGGACGCCAUUGUUGAAGAUGGUAUCAAUGUGAUUGGCUACACUGCCUGGAGCCUUCUAGACAAUUUCGAAUGGGCUGAAGGUUACUCGCAAAGAUUUGGAAUGGUUCAAGUGGAUUUCGAUGAUGCCAAUAGAACGAGGACCUUGAAAAGUUCUGCUAAAUGGUACAAAGAAGUGGUAGCCUCUAGGCAAAUCGUUGACUGAUUUUACUGUGAUUUUCUAUUUGUUAAGAAAAAAUAAAGAAAACUCAAAAAAAG